AUGGCUUUUGGAAUCAAAGAAAUGGGUACUAUAGUGGCAGUACUUGGUUUCAAAGCUUUCAUGUUUGGAAUUGUUGCAGAACGCAAAAAGCCUGCAUCUGGAACUCCAACGGUUUUGGGAGAAGUUGUUACCUGCAAGUACCCAUCAGAUCCAACAGUCUAUAUUGGCUUCUUAUCCAUAAUAUCACUGACGGCAGCAGUGGUGAUCGGUUUCUAUGCCGUAUUUCAUUCUUACAAAGGCAAAUCUGUUCCUCUUAAUGCUCUCUUCAGGAACACUAAAUUCUCAGUGUUUUUCAGCAUAACUGUGUCGUUGUCCUUAUUUGCUGAAUUGAUGCUGUUGUGGACAACAAUUAGUGAGCUCAAACACUUGACUAACAACGUCCAUCGCAACUUGGACACAACAUGCCCCACAGCCAAGACCGGUCUUUUUGGUGGCGGCGCCCUCCUGGCUCUUGACGCUUCCCUCUUCUGGUUGUUAUGCCUAAUGAUAGCUGAAAAUGUGAGGGAAGACUACUUUGAUGAAGAAGAGAACGAUAAAGGUGAAUAUCGUCAGGCUCUCACCACAGAUUAUGCUGCAAGGGGCCAAGCUAAUGUUGCUUAAGAAUGUAUUCAAGAGGCAAACACAAAGUGAUUGAAUGUUUCUUGAACCUAGCCCUUUAGAUUGAU